CCCCUGUCCUCCCCCAAUACUACCUUGUUCACCCCGUAGAGCCUCAUCCCCCAGACGUCGUUCACUUCACACUCCUUUAUCAGCUGCGACCUUUCUCCGAUCUCCGCUCCAGACAUCCGAUCGCCGGCGCCGGCUACUGCUCCUUCUCCGAUGUGGUAUAAGCUGAUGAUUCUUUUCAAUGCUAUCUAUGAAGCACAUUUUGGAAUCGAUGAAGCUGAUGAUUUUGAAAGCAGUUAAUGUUAAAUGUUAUUAACUCUAGAGAUGGUUUUAUCUAAUUGAAAAGUGGGUUAUCCGAGUCCGAAAAUAGAUAUCAAUUAGUCAAUUACCAAUCAAUUUGCAUCCCUAAACCCCAAAUUCAAUGCGAAAGUCAUCAUUGAACCCUCAAGCAAUUCCAGAAUCAUACCCUCCAUGCUUCCGUCCAAACACACAGCAAUCCUCCGAACAAGAUGUCGAUAAACUUGAUGAUCAGGAAAAUGAAGAAGAUCGAAUUCCGGUGAUAGAUCUCCGGCGUAUGGACCUUGAGAAACUCGAGGAUGCCUGUACAGAUUGGGGAAUAUUCCGGCUGAUCAACCAUGGGAUCCCAUUAACGUUGCUGUCGGAACUCCAUGAACAUGCUGUUAGGGUUUUUGAAAUGGGGUUUGAAUCCAAACAGACAUUAUUUGGAUCAAUUCCUACAUCCGCCUUAUCGUAUUUCUGGGGUACCCCUGCCCUUACGCCUGCUGGGGUUGCCCUAUAUAAGGAUAGUAAUGAUCAGAAGGAUCGGGGGAUAGUGAACUAUAACUGGGUUGAAGGAUUGAAUGUUCCACUGAGUCAACCCACUCACCUCCAACUCGAUCAACACCCAUUGCUUCGUGAUUUAAGAAUAUUAUUGGAAGAGUAUGGGGUCCACCAAGCAAGGGUAGCAAAGGCCAUAUUUGGUGCAAUAACACAAAAUUUGAAGCUAUGUGAAGACAAUGAACGUUACUUGUCGCCUUCAACAGGGCAAUUGAGGGUAUACCGUUAUCCAAGGUGUUUUUAUGACAACCCAUCAAAAGUAUGGGGGAUGGAAGUGCACACUGAUAGUUCUGUGGUAACAAUUUUGAAUCAAUAUGAAGUAGGAGGGCUUCAAAUUCAUUCUGAGAAAGAUAACGCUUGGAUUGAUGUUAAACCUCUUCCCAACACUCUUCUAAUUCAUCUUGGUGAUAUGAUGCAGGCGAUAAGUGAUGAUAAGUACAAGAGUGUGAAGCAUAGGGUGAAGUUGCAUAGAGAAACGGAACGGAUUUCAAUUGGUUACUUUGUGUUUCCGGAGCAUGAUUGUGUGAUUCGGAGCUCCAGUUACAAACCGUUUACCUAUUCGGAGUUUAGGGCCCAAGUACAACAGGACGUCAAGACAUUGGGUGUCAAGGUUGGACUUUCAAGAUUUAAACCCAACUAGAAUUUCUAAAUUUAGAAAGGGGAAAUUGAUGAAUUUUUCUUGUUAUCACUAAAGCAUAACAUUCCAUUACUGUAUCUUAAAGUUCACUCUAUUAACUUAUAUUUUCAUCUAAAAUAUAAUUUUUCCGUCCCAAAA